AUGCCGGCCGUCGAGGAGUCACCUUCCGGACGGAAGCAUACGAGUAGCUCCUACAGAGAUGAACUGGCUCAUUACAAAUCCCAGUAUGAGCAACUUGAGGCGGAGCUUGCGGACUUCCAGUCCUCCAGCCGGGAGCUGGAGGUCGAGAUGGAGAAGGACAUUGAAGCUUCGGAAAAGCGGGAACGGCAACUGAAGGAAAAGCUCGACACGAUGCGAUAUGAAGUCGACGAGUGGAAGACCAAAUACAAGCAGUCGAAAACCGAAGGCAACUCUGUGCAGAACAACCUGCAGAAAGAAAUCACCACGCUGCGAGACGCGAACCGUACUUUGCAGCUCAAGCUUCGAGACAUUGAAGUUGCCAACGAUGACUAUGAGCGCCAAGCCCGGAACACCACCUCGUCCCUGGAGGACAUGGAGUCCAAAUACAACAUCGGCAUUGAGCGCGGGGUCUUGCUAGAGGAGGAAAUCAGAAAUGGGGAGCAGGAGCGGGAGCAGCUGCGCAUUGACAACCAACGCCUCCGAGACGAGCUGUCGGAUCUGAAGAUUGAGGCCGAGAUCAUCCAAGAGAAGCUUCGAAAUACCGAAGGACAUGGGAUGCGUCGCCGCAAGCCUACUCCUUUGUACCAUCGCAGCCCGGCAACUCCACAGAGUUUGGAGAUCUUUGACCGUUCGCCUGGCACCGCUACAUCUUCCCCCGUGUUUGCCACACCCCCCGCUAAAUCAUCCCUUGCGUCGUCCACCGCUACCCCACCUUCGCCCCCUAUCUCCGAGUCGUCUGUGAACAUGCGCAAGUCAAUCAACCCCCAUGCAAACUCGACGCCUACAUUCCCUCGACAGAGAGCCGCUGGUGCAGAUCCAGUGAACUCUAGAACCCUUCACGCUCGGACUCAACCGCGCACCACUCAUUCACGAACCGCAUCUCUCGCUUACAGCAAUAGCGCAUACAGCACCGGAAAUAGCAAUGGCAAUGGCAAUGGCAAUGGCAAUGGUAAUGGUCGGUCUACUCCCUCUAUGUCGAUCUCGUCUCGCAACAGUUUGACGAGAAUGAAUACCUCGCGGCCACCAGGGCUUCCCAAGUCCGGAUCACUGUUCCAAAUCCGUGGCCUGAUUGGUAAGAUGCAGAAGCUCGAAGAGCGCGUCCAAUCAGCCAAAUCGCGGCUUCCUGCCCCAUCAGACACAUCCUCUCGCGGAUCCCCUCGUUCUGGGUCCGUGAUCAGCGACACCCCGAUCGUCCCCUCGUCGAUCACUGUUCGCAGGAAUUCUCGCAAGCGACUGAGUAAUAGCAGCCUUGGUUCCUCCGCGCGGGAUAGCGAAAGCACUCCAUCUUUCCCCCGCAAGGUCAGCGUGCACUCCGGUGUCCCUGCCAAUGCCCGGCCCGAAAGUCGCUCGAGUCGUCCCGGGGCCAAAACGCCACUGGGUCACUACUCGACGAACCCUCUGACAGAGAGCCGGCGGCCUCGGUCAUCUCUCAGCAACCACGCUGGCCAACUUCCUAACAUUGCUGGCAUGUCCCUCAUCGAUGAGGACCAAGACAUUCUUACGCCAACCACCUCCCGCAUCUCCCAGGAGAUUCAACCGCCUCCACGGCCAUCUGUGACUACCACCCCCACUCCCAUAGUGAAGAAGCGAACCAUUAGUGGCAUUCCGGCUCCCCGAAGCUUCAAGACUAGCAUCGGACCUGGUGCCAUGCCGCCGCCCAAUAGGAAGACCCAAGUCAGUGACCUGGGAGAGACGUUUUAG